UGCAAAUACAUUCGUCUGAUUAAGAACGCGUCCACUUUUACCCAAUCUUAAAUAAAUAUAAACAAUUGUGUAACUGUAACCUAAUUCUAAUCUAUGUGGUGUCAUAACUAUGCCCAGUGAUAACGCAUUUCCUGAUAAGUAAAUAAAAUAAUAGUUAUUAACUGCUAUUAGUUAUUGGCUCGCCUAGCCAUCAGUUGUCUCUAUAAUUUCCUAUCACGCUGUGUUCACAGUAAAAUUUAACAAAUAAAUAACAAUCACAGUUUUUUAUAACUUAGUGUAGUCGUUAAAGUUCCUCAUAUAAACUGCAAGUGUCCAAGUUGAUUAUAACAAUAUCAGAGUAUUGUAUCAUAAAAUUAAUUAAAUUACAAUGAAAAUCAACAUUAAUUAUUCCAAUCGUUAAUUAAGAUAACCAAGUAAUUCAUAGGCGGAUACUCAUAAGGACUUUUAACAUUACGUGUGGUGAUAUUAUACAGUUCAGAAGUGUUUUUAACGAAUACUUACUUUUAAAAACUACCUGCCUAUAACUUCUGGAAAAACUACUAAAAAUCAGUUACGUUCAAAAACGAAAACGCAAUGGCGGACGUAAAACACGUUUCCGAGCGGAGUACCUCUCCUCUACCCAUAGUUCUACACCUGGUGACAUUUCUCCACCACUGCAUGCUGGUGUACGGGUUCAUCACACUGGAUCUGGACCAGUUCGACCACCCCGUCGUCAACAGCAUCAAGCCAUUUAAGUUCUUGACCAUAUCUGGAUGGAGCUUUCAACUACAAAUGCACCACGUAGUUCUCUCUCUCUACGUGGACUGGCAGCACCGUCGCGGCUGCAAGGAUCGCGAGAAGCUGGCUAAGUGCGAGCUUUAUAAGGACAUGCUGUUUCGAGCGCUUGUCCUGCCGUGCACUUUGCUGGUCUCAGUACUAUUCUGGGUUCUAUACCUGACCGACCGCGACCUCGUCUACCCAGCAGUGUGGGACUCCAUCAUCCCGCCCUGGAUGAACCACGGCGUGCAUACCAGCACCAUACUGUUCACGGGUCUGGAGCUACUGGUCGCCAGGUCUGGUGAUGGGAGCCGCAGGAUUGAGGGCAUUAUGUACUGGGUGCUCAGCUUGGGAUAUGCUGCUUUGUUGAACCUCCUAUACCUGACGUGCGGCAUCUGGUUCUACCCCUUCCUGGGCAUGCUCUCCUGGUAUCGGCUGGUCUUCUUCCUCAUCUUCAGCUGCAGCGGGAGGGUACUGCUGGAGGCGGCCUGGCGGAUCGACGGGGUGGGCAGGUUGAAGACACUUAAGUGUAACUGAAUGGAUGUGAAUUUAGUAUCCAUGUACAGUGCGACAAACUUAUCUGUUCCGGUGAGACCGAACUAAAUUUAUCCAUAACUCAUAACUUACCAAUGCAUUAUAUAUUCAAAUAGAUUAGAUGUGUUUAUUAAAACCGCAAGGGUAAAUUACCAUUACGGGAAAACAUAACAUCUUAAAGAAUGAAGAAAUAUUAGACAUUUACGUGAGCUCUCACCGGAACAGAUAAGUUUGUAGGCUUUGCGUGCUUUGUCAUACUAACCAACUGUCAAUCUUUGGAAGAAUGAAUAGGCUUUAUAUAUACAAUGGUCGAAGUGGAUAGGAUGUUUGUUCAUUUCACAAGGUACAAAAGUGCAUUCGAGCUUAUUUCAGAACUACCUAUCAAGUUGUUUGAGCUGUAACUAGACUAAAAUGGUGGUUUGUGAGCAAAAAUGGUGGUUUGUGAGCAACAAGUGGGAUUCACAUCAGACGCAUUGGUAAUGUUAUAAGCGGUUCCCCUAGUGUCUGACUUGCUUAAAGACGCCGACACACUAGCGAACGCGUCCGUAAGCCGCGUCCGCUAGUGUGUCGGUGACUUAAGUCUCUGUUGUAAACUAUAUUUAGGUCUAAGAAGUGUGAUGACGUUACAUAAGUUUUAUUGUAGUUAUUUUAUUAUUGUUAUUGUAUAGGUACUAGAGUACUUAGUAAGUAUACAAGAGCUGAGAUUAUUAUUUGGGUGUCUAGUCUAUUUUAAUUAUUAUUAAGCACGAUUUAGAUUAAGUACAGGUUAAACAAAUCCUACAUACCUACUCAGGUGGACUUAAUAGGGGUCACUUUAUCUACUGGAUAAGUAAGAGUUUUGGUACGCCCUCUAGAACAUGUAAAGUCAUUAAAAUUAAUAUAUAUGAUGAUUGAUUCAUGCUUGUGCUUAAAUUAAUAUAUUUGGUAACAUAGCAAAUAA